UUAAGGAUGAAUUGAAGACGAUUAGAUCACUAUAUAAGUGCACAGAAAAGUAUACCAGACACGCAAGAAAAUUGUCAAGCCCAGUUUCCUUCAAUCCUUUCAAUAUCUCCUUCAUUUUUUAUUCCUACUUGUGUGAUUAAGUGGACAGGAGAGAUCCAAACCCAGAAAUGCAUGCAGAUACGGGACUAGCUAUGUGCAGUCCUCAGUGGGUCAGGCAGAGACAGUGCUCAUCAAACACGAUAUGCAUAUUUAUUUCUUAUGUUAAUAUAUUUUUCGUGCUUUUCUUGUGUAAUAUUAUUAAUAUUACAGAGGCAGCAGCUGCGAGAAUCACGCUGCCAGGGAAUGCAAGUGUUUCAGCAGUGAUUAUAUUUGGAGAUUCGAUUGUUGAUACGGGCAACAACAACAACAAUUUCAAAACACUUGCACGCAGCAAUUUCCCUCCCUAUGGGAAAGACCUCAAGGGAGGGAUGCCAACAGGAAGAUAUUCCAAUGGAAAGGUUCCCUCAGACCUCAUAGUGGAAGCAUUAGGAAUCAAAGAGCUGUUGCCCGCAUAUUUGGAUCCAACCCUACAGCCUAAGGAUCUCCUUACUGGCGUAGUAAUAGCUGCUGGUGGCGCAGGUUAUGACCCCUUGACAGCACAGGUCGCGGGAGUUGCAUCACUAUCCGACCAAUUGAAACAGUUCAAGGAGUACAUAAAAAAGCUAAAAGCAAUUGCUGGGGAAGAGAGAGCAAACUUUAUCAUAUCAAAUAGUUUGAUUUUUGUGGUAGCUGGCACCAACGAUAUUUCAAAUACCUAUUUUCUAACCGGUAUGAGAAAAUUGGAGUAUGAUGUUCCUUCUUACACUGACUUAAUGCUCAACUACGCUUCUGAAUUCGUCAAGGACUUGUAUGGAUUGGGGGUACGAAGAAUCGGUGUACUCAACACACCACCUAUUGGAUGUGUACCCUCUCAACGAACGGUUGCAGGAGGCGUGCUAAGAGAAUGCGACGAGAAACAAAACCAAGCAUCGCAGCUCUUCAAUUCCAAACUCUCUGCAGAGGUGGAUGACCUUAACAAAAACCUGCCCAAUUCCAGGGUGGUCUAUAUUGACAUCUAUAAUCCACUGCUUGAUCUCAUCAACAACCCCACUAAAUACGGCUUUGAAGUUGUGAAUAAAGGGUGUUGUGGUACUGGGAUUAUUGAAGUAACAAAACUGUGCAACCAGAUUCAGCCUGCAGGCACCUGUUCAGAUGACUCUAAGUACGUUUUCUGGGACAGCUACCAUCCAACAGAGAGAGCCUACAACAUCAUUGUGCAGCACAUUCUAGAAAAAUAUAUCAACUUCUUCUUCUGAGACAACUCAUUUCCUCAUCCUUAUAUCAUCAAUUUCCUUUGCAUCAUUGUCAUUUGUAUUGUACGCAUAUGAAUUAUUCAGGUUCAAUCAAUUACUAAAUAUUAUUGGGCCCAGAGUCAAUAUUUUGGUCCAGUACAGAAAAGGCCAA